AAAAUGCUCUGCUUCCAACUAGCUUCACCAGAUCUGGAUCGUUGAUUUUUUUUCUUUCUUCUCUCAUAACUCUCUGAGGUUAACAAUGGUGAAACCACCAGCUGGCUCUUCUUCUCCGGUGACUAUCACCGUGACGCCAUGUAAAGGCUCCGGCGACAGGAGCCUCGGCCUAACGAGUCCCGCCCCACGCGCCUCCGUCUCCAACAACCAGAACUCUCCUCUAAGCUCAAGAGGACCUCGCCGCAGCUCCCUCAGCGGCGGGAACCGGAGAUCCAGCGGCGCGGGAAGGUACUGCUCGAUGUCGGUGGAGGAUCUAACCGCCGAGACGACGAACAACUCCGACUGCGUCGUGAGCUACACCGUCCACAUCCCGCCGACGCCGGAUCACCAGACCGUCUUCGCUUCGCAGGAGAGCAACACCGCCGAAGAAGGAGGAGACUCGCGGAACAGAAGCUUCCUCUCGGGAACGAUUUUCACCGGGGGGUUUAAAUCGGUGACACGUGGCCACGUCAUCGACUGCUCGAUGGAGAAAGCUGAUUCGGGGAAGAAAAAAUCAGGUCAGAUCUGUUGGUUGAAAGGCUGCGAUGAGAAGGUUGUUCACGGGAGGUGCGAGUGUGGUUUUAGAAUCUGUAGAGAUUGUUACUUCGAUUGCAUCACGAGCGGUGGCGGGAAGUGUCCUGGGUGUAAAGAGCCGUACAAAGACAUCAACGAUGAUGAUGAUCAGGAUGAUACAGAGCAGGAGGAUGAAGACGAGGCGAAACCUCUCCCUCAGAUGGCGGAUUCGAAGCUUGACAAGAGGCUUUCGGUUGUGAAGUCGUUUAAGAACCAGACGGGAGAUUUCGAUCACACGCGCUGGUUGUUUGAGACUAAAGGAACGUAUGGGUACGGAAACGCGGUUUGGCCUAAAGACGGGUAUGGAAUCGGGUCGGGUGGGUAUGAACAGCCACCUGAGUUUGGGGAGAGAAGCAAGAGACCUUUGACUAGGAAAGUCAGCGUCUCUGCUGCUAUCAUCAGUCCUUACAGAUUACUCAUUGUGUUGCGUUUGGUGGCACUUGGUUUGUUCCUGACGUGGAGGAUCCGCCACCCGAAUCGAGAGGCGAUGUUUCUGUGGGGAAGCUCAACGGUCUGUGAGCUUUGGUUCGCCUUCUCUUGGCUUUUGGACCAGCUUCCGAAGCUCUGUCCUGUCAACAGACUAAUCGAUUUAGAUGUUCUUAAAGAGCGUUUUGAGUCUCCCAACCUCAGAAACCCCAAAGGAAGAUCCGAUCUACCCGGUAUCGAUGUGUUUGUCUCGACCGCAGACCCUGAGAAGGAGCCGCCUCUGGUCACAGCCAACACCAUCCUCUCCAUCCUAGCCGUUGAUUACCCUGUGGAGAAGCUCGCUUGCUACUUGUCAGACGACGGAGGAGCUUUGCUGACGUUCGAGGCCUUGGCUCAGACGGCUAGCUUUGCUAGCACGUGGGUGCCGUUUUGCAGGAAGCAUAAUAUAGAGCCGAGGAACCCUGAGGCUUACUUUGGCCAGAAGCGUAACUUCCUCAAGAACAAAGUGAGGCUUGAUUUUGUGAGGGAGAGGAGGAGAGUGAAGAGAGAGUAUGAUGAGUUUAAAGUGAGAAUCAACUCGUUGCCUGAGGCGAUUAGGAGGAGGUCUGAUGCUUAUAACGUGCACGAGGAGCUAAGGGCUAAGAAGAAACAGAUGGAGAUGAUGAUGGGAGGCAAUCCUGAAGAGGCUGUUAAAGUUGCAAAGGCCACUUGGAUGUCUGAUGGUUCUCACUGGCCAGGGACUUGGUCCUCUGGAGAAACUGAUAACUCUCGUGGAGAUCAUGCUGGAAUCAUUCAGGCAAUGUUGGCUCCUCCUAAUGCAGAACCGGUUUAUGGAUCUGAAGCAGAUUCUGAGAACUUAAUUGACACAACAGAAGUUGACAUCAGGCUGCCCAUGCUAGUCUAUGUGUCUCGAGAGAAGCGGCCAGGUUAUGACCAUAACAAGAAAGCUGGAGCUAUGAAUGCUUUAGUCAGAACCAGCGCAAUCAUGUCUAACGGACCGUUCAUCCUCAAUCUCGACUGUGACCACUACAUCUACAACUCCAUGGCCUUGAGAGAAGGGAUGUGCUUCAUGCUUGAUCGUGGUGGCGACAGAAUCUGCUAUGUUCAGUUCCCUCAGAGGUUUGAAGGUAUCGACCCAAAUGAUCGUUACGCAAACCACAACACUGUCUUCUUUGAUGUUAGUAUGAGAGCUUUGGAUGGACUUCAAGGUCCAAUGUACGUGGGAACUGGCUGCAUCUUCCGCAGAACGGCUCUUUACGGUUUUAGCCCGCCGAGAGCAACCGAGCAUCAUGGCUGGCUUGGGAGAAGAAAGGUGAAGCUGUCACUAAGGAAACCAAAAGCUACUGUGAAGAAAGAUGAUGAGAUUUCGUUGGCUAUGAAUGGAGAAUACAACAACGGAGAAGAGAACGAUGAUGGAGACAUCGAGUCUCUCCUUCUUCCAAAGAGAUUCGGUAACUCAAACUCUUUCGUCGCUUCGAUCCCUGUUGCUGAGUACCAAGGGAGGCUCUUACAGGACCUGCAAGGCAAAGGCAAGAACAGUAGACCAGCUGGUUCACUUGCUGUCCCACGAGAACCUUUGGAUGCAGCCACGGUAGCUGAAGCAAUCAGUGUGAUCUCUUGCUUCUACGAGGAUAAAACCGAGUGGGGCAAAAGAGUUGGAUGGAUCUACGGUUCCGUAACGGAAGAUGUGGUCACGGGGUAUCGUAUGCACAACAGAGGAUGGAGAUCUAUCUACUGCGUGACGAAACGAGACGCCUUCAGAGGAACAGCUCCGAUCAAUCUAACGGAUAGGCUUCACCAGGUUCUGAGAUGGGCAACAGGGUCAGUAGAGAUCUUCUUCUCAAGGAACAACGCUGUGUUCGCUACGCGUAGGAUGAAGUUCUUGCAGAGAGUAGCUUACUUCAACGUGGGGAUGUAUCCAUUCACAUCGCUUUUCCUCAUCGUCUACUGCAUUCUCCCGGCCGUUUCACUCUUCUCGGGACAGUUCAUAGUCCAGUCCCUCGACAUAACGUUCCUCAUCUUCUUACUCUCGAUAACACUCACUCUCUGCAUGCUGUCGCUCCUUGAGAUCAAGUGGUCUGGGGUUACUCUCCACGAGUGGUGGAGGAACGAGCAGUUUUGGGUGAUUGGUGGAACAAGCGCGCAUCCUGCAGCCGUUCUCCAAGGUCUUCUCAAGGUCAUUGCAGGAGUUGAUAUCUCGUUCACCUUGACUUCCAAGUCAUCUACGCCUGAAGAUGGAGACGACGAGUUUGCGGAUCUGUACCUUGUGAAGUGGAGCUUUCUGAUGGUUCCUCCGUUGACGAUCAUGAUGGUGAACAUGAUUGCUAUUGCGGUUGGGGUAGCGAGGACUCUGUACAGUCCGUUUCCGCAGUGGAGUAAGCUUGUGGGUGGAGUGUUCUUCAGCUUCUGGGUGCUGUGUCAUUUGUAUCCGUUUGCUAAAGGGUUGAUGGGAAGAAGAGGGAGAGUUCCAACGAUUGUGUUUGUCUGGUCGGGUUUGUUAUCGAUCAUCGUCUCUAUGCUAUGGGUUUAUAUCAACCCUCCUGCAGGGAGACGGGACUUUUCUCAGUUUCAGUUCCCUUAAGGCAUGAGAAUCCUUCUUUCUCUGCUUCAUAUUCAUGUUUGUAAUCAGAUUUUAUUGAUACAGUUUCUCUAAGUAAUUCAUAUUCAUGUUUGUACUCAUUUGCUUAAGACCGUUUCAGUUCCCUUAAGGCAUGAGAAUUCUUCUCUCUCUGCCUCAUUUCA